AUGUUACCGUGUUUUAUUGUAGUUUUGUUGGGUUUCCUAAGUCAAGGAAGCGAAGCCCUGCCAGUUCACACUGAAGAUGUUCCACUAGAAAUUCAAGUACUGCAAAACUCAAAGCUUUUUGGUGGUGAUAUGGUUGGAUAUAUUCCCAAGCCUCACUUUUUCCGCAACGCACUGCCAAAUGAUUUGCAAUUGUGGCCCAACGGUGUCAUUCCUUUUGUAAUUGACUCUUCACUUGCUCAUCACCGAGAAAUAAUCUACAAAGCAAUGAACAACUAUUACGAAAACACUUGCAUCAAGUUUAUACCACGCACGACUGAGUACGAUUAUGUCAACAUUACCAAAGAUAGAGGAUGCUACUCCAACGUGGGUCGUGCAGGUGGCAUGCAAAUAGUCUCUCUGGGGGAUGGUUGUCACUUUGUUGGCACUGCCGUUCAU